GAAGGAUUGAUGCGGACUGAGUAAUUAAGCUGAAUGAUCAGCUACCACUUGACCAAUUCCCAAGUUGCCUUCCAUGAUCAGCUACCAUCAAUUGCCUCAUGCGGCCUGACUGGAGAUUCACGUGUUUUGUGUGAUAUUAAACUAUAGAGUCAGAGUCAUUGGUUCGAAGAGCUCUUUUCCACCGACUGGGCAUUUGAGUACGUAGCUACCAAGACGUUCAGAUGGUAGUGCCUGACACAAUUAGGUUCCCCCAAGCCGCCAGAAGUUCUUUGGGUCUUUUCGGGCGCAGCCAAUUGCGGCUGAAGCAGCGAGGGCUUCACCAUGUGGCCUGAGGCUUCUUGCUGUGACACGCGUACUCCGCGGUGGGUGUAACCCGCGGCGCAGAAUCUGCGACCAUGGCUGCGGUCGUUGAGACCACCGCGCUGCUGGUGCGCUGGGCGGCGUCUGGCGAAGUUCUGGUAGCCCUCAGCCAGAAGGAGUUCGAGGCGCUGUGGAGCGUGGCUCCCGCGACAGUCCGAGCGCUAAAACUGGAGCUGGUGGCGCGGGGCGUUGGAUCUGGUCGGUUUCAAUUUCGGCUGUGGCACGUCGACGGCGAGGUGGAGAUGGAGGAUGAGACGAUUUUGGUGCCGCCUUUGGACCUCAAGCUGGUGCGGCUACCGUUUCAGCUACCCGACGAAGAGGAAGAUGAGGAAUUCGUCCUCGCAUGUGAUGAGGGUCGUCUAGAAGAUGUUAAAAGUCUCCUUCAACGACGACCGCAAGAUCCCAAUGCUCCGGAUUCCGGUGGCUGGACGGCGUUGCAAUGUGCUGCCCAGGGUGGUCAUGUGGAAGUGGUGCGCUUGCUAUUGGAGGCUGGAGCCUUUUGCGAUCAGGCGACUGAGGAUGAUGCCUCGACUCCUUUGAUCUUUGCUGCUGAGUGGUGUCACCUGGACGUGGCGCGGGUGCUGUUGGAGGCAGCAGCUGCCCCCGAUGCAGCCACAGAAGACAAUGGAUGGACUCCACUUCACUAUGCCUGUGAGAAGGGGCACUUGGAUGUCGUGCGCUUGUUGCUGGACUUUGCAGCUCCUUGCAACAAGGUCUCGAAGCGGGUUGCUUGGACUCCUUUGCAUGCUGCAUGUGUCAACGGUCAUCUCGAUCUGGUGCGCUUGUUGCUGGAGGCCGGGGCAGCCUGUGAUGUUGCCAGAGAACACCAGCAGCAGACUCCUUUGCAUUAUGCCGUGGAGAGGGGACAACUAGAAGUGGUGCGCUUGCUGCUUGAGGCCAGGGCUGCUUGUAAUUUACCCAUGGGGGACGCUGGAGAGACUCCUUUGCAUGUAGCAGCAGUUCGUGGUUACCAUGAAGUGGCGCGAUUGUUGCUGGAAGCUGGAGCUUCAUGCAAUCAGACUACAAAAGAUGAUCUUAGGACUCCCUUGCAUUGUGCUAGCCAGAUUGGUGACAUGAAUGUGGCACAGGUCUUGCUAGAGUUUGGAGCUGACCGUGAGGCGAAGACACAUGAUGGUACCACUCCGGCAGAUGUUGCAGCGCAGCUGAACUUUCUGGACGUGGUGGGUUUGUUGCGCCACGGUCCGGCAAAAAGGCCACGGAGUGCCUAAAGGGCAUCCUGGUUGGCACUUCUUGCGAUUCAGACCCAUCCGGAAAUAUCCGGAACAGUGGCGCGUACGACAGUGCAUGCAAGUACGACAUGAACGUGAACUUAUACACUUCUUUGACCUGUUUGUGGUGUUCAAUUCUGCCUUUCACCAUGUUCU